AUGUCGGUUUUUAGAGGAUUUUCAGCUUAUGAUUAUGGGAGAGAAUAUUUUGCCAUCUUUGUACGAAGAAACUUUCAAACUUCCUAGAGAUGGUGUGAAGUGAGAAGUGAAUUAGAAAAAAAGUUAUAAGAAUAGAAAAAAAAGCCUGAGAGUUCUUUCGAAAUGGAAAGCGAAUAUGGAAAUUUCUAUUGCCAAUUUGAAAAGCAAACAAGUUAAAUAUUUGCAUAUAUUUUAGAGUGUUACUUUAUAUUGUUGAGCAAUCAGAACACAAAAAAGGAGGAACAAUAGAAAGUGCUACAAACUAUAAUUGAACAAAUAAAAAAGGUUAACAACUACAUCAAAGUACAUUAUUAUAAUAAUAAAUUAUUUGCAGCUAUCACGAGAAGAAUUCGAAUAGAAGUUGAAAUAAGAAAUUUUGGAUAGUUUAGGUAGAGCUGAAUAGGAGUAUAUCGAGACACAUGGAAAUUUGGAUUAUUUAAUGAUUUAACAGUCAUAAGAAAAAAAGAAAUUUAGAAAGGAUUUGGCAUAAGAAAUAGAAAAAAAGGCAGAGCACAAACAAAAGACUUAUGAAUUAAUUGAGAAGCUGAUAGUAAAAAGUAAAACUGACGAUUCGGAACAACAAUAUAAGUUUAUGUUCAAAGGAUUCAUGAUGUUUGAUUAUGUUCGACAAUAUUUUUUGAUGUUGAUCAACAUAGCCAUCCCAAUUUAGAAUAAAUGGAUAAAUGAUCGAAACGCUUUAUAAAAAAUAAUAAUGGAUAAUUAAAAGAAACCUCAAGAAUUUAUUUAAUUAAAGGGGGAGGGAGGCUAAUUUUAUGCCAAAUAUCAUAAAGAAAAAAGUAUUUAUUUCUCACAAUACAUUCUAGAAUGCUACUUUAUUCUUUACACCGAUGAAGUUGUUGAUUUAGAAAAAUAAAAAUAAGUUGUGGAACAAGUAUAUCAAUUGAUCACUCCAGAUGGAUAAUAUAUAAAAGUAUAUAUUUCAACGAUUAUUGUAGAUGAAUAAAGAAGAAAUUGAUCUAAAAUAUUCAUAAUAAGUUAAAACUAUUUUACAAUAAAAUGAAAAGGUGGAUACCGAAUAACUCAUGAAAAUAGAAGGAAAUAACAGAUAAAAGACUAUUUCCCCUGAGUAAUAAUCUGAUAACAAUGAUCCUUUAAAAUCCAAUAAAACCGGAUCAAUUAAUAAUUAAUAAAUCAAUAAUUAACAAAAGAACAAUUAAUAUUUAUAGGAAGAGAUGAAACCACUUAAUUAAUGA